UGGGGGUGGGCUCCGCUGGCGCAUGGUCAGUGCCGCCAGUCCCUCCCGCAGAGGCCCGCCCAACCGCCCCGAAUUACACCUGCGGAUUGGCCGCAGCCGUUGUCCGUCAGCACUCCCCGGUGGGCGGAGUGCUUGGUCGAGGGUUCUCUGUCCGGCGGUGCGGCCCGGCGUUUUCCCGGCGGCGGUGGCCGACAUGGGGCGGCGCGGUGGGGUUAACUGGGUACUGGAGGUGGCGGCGCUGGUGACAUCGGCUUGUCUCGCCGGUGUAUGCGGUGAUGAAUUUAGCGUGUUACGAUCGCCUCAGUCCGUUGUCUUUCGAGAUGGAAGUUGGCCCAUUCCUGGCGAGCGGAUCCCGGAUGUAGCUGCCUUAACCAUGGGCUUUUCUGUUGAAGAAGACCUUCCUUGGCCUGGGCUUGCUGUGGGUGAUCUGUUUCACAGACCACGAGCUACUGUGCUGGUAACAGUGAAAGGAGUAGACAAGCUGACAUUGCCUGUGAAAAAGAUUUCUUACCCUAUUGAGAAUGCUGUUCCUUUCAGUCUCGACAGUGUUGCGAAUGCUAUUCACACUUUGUUCUCUGAGGAAACUCCUGUGGUCUUGCAGCUGGCUCCCAGCGAGGAAAGAGUGUACAUGGUGGGCAAGGCAAACUCUGUGUUUGAAGAUCUCUCGGUCACGCUGCGCCAGCUGCGAAACCGCUUGUUCCAGGACAAUUCCAUUCUCAGCUCCCUUCCUCUCAACUCCCUCAGCAGAAACAAUGAGGUUGACUUGCUUUUUCUGUCAGAACUACAAGUCCUGCGUGACAUUACAAGCCUGCUGGCUCGACACAAGCACUUAGCCAAAGAUCAUUCUCCAGACCUCUAUUCUCUGGAACUGUCUGGUUUGGAAGAGAUUGGAAAACGAUAUGGGGAAGACUCUCAGCAGUUCAAGGAUGCUUCUCAAAUCCUUGUAGACUCUUUGCAAAAGUUUGCAGAUGAGAUGUUUAAUCUGUAUGGUGGGAAUGCAGUAGUAGAAGUGGUGGCUGUAAAGACAUUUAAUUCUCCCCUCACAAGGAAGAGUCGUUCCAUUCUCCAGUCUUCACAGAGCACAACAGAAAACCCAUAUAACCUUGCCUAUCAAUAUAACUACAACUACUCUGUAAUCUUCAACAUUAUUCUGUGGAUGAUGAUAGGUCUUGCCUUAGCUGUGAUAGUUAUCUCCUACAACCUCUGGAACAUGGAUCCUGGGUACGACAGCAUUAUUUACAGGAUGACAAAUCAGAAGAUAAGAAUGGAUUGAACUGCACUGGGUUUCAACUCAAGGAAAUGAUGAAGAGUAAGGUCUCCUUUAAGCUUUGUGGACAACAAAUAUUCUCAUAUGGUUAAUUGUGACUUUUUUUUGUUAAAGGUGUAUUUAUUUCUAAGUAUUUCUUCCCCCUCACCCCCCAUCAAGCCUAUUUUAAAUGUUAGUAGUAGCACCAGAUGGGAUGCAGAAAUUGGAAUCUGCUUGUUUAAAAAACAAAAAUACCCCAAAACAAGAACCCACCACAAAAAUCAAUCCCCAACGUAAUUGUUAUUAAAGUAACAUCAUUCCAUUCUUUUUUCUCUAUCAUGUAACAUGAGUUUUUGAAAUGCCCUGUACUGCCUGUGGCUGUGUGCAAAACAGAUACAUUGAAAUUACAAUAGCAACAUGUUGUUUGAAACUUUUACACUGGAAGAUUAGAAAUUCUAGCUAAAUUGUUGUGUUGUAUAUUAUGAACCAGUUGUAAAUGUUUGAUGUAAAUAUUUAUAAAUGGCUAUAUGUAACUUCAGAGAGGAUAGUAAAUAUUCUUUAGGAAAAUACUAAAUACACAAAUAUUUCCACAAGACUACGAUUCUAGUGGCACAAAUGGCAUUUGGAUCUCAUGCCGAUGGCUCGGAUGUGAGCUGCGGGCAGAAGGAUCCUUUACCUGCAACCUGAGCACUUUGGAGGUCAAUAACAUUCGUGUGGCUGGUCUGUACCCUGGAGAGGCUCUAAAUAUCACCACAGCACCAGCCUGAUCGUGCUCUAACGUCACGUACGGUUGAAAGUUCCUCUUCAGAUGCUUCCCACUCUUUCCAUUUGUGUUGAUGUUGUCAUUGCAAAAAACCUUAAAUCAAUUCUGUUUGAUGAUGAGUGGACCAACACUUGAUUUAAAUAUACCUGGAUUAUAGUCUUGCUUCAACCGUUCAAUAAAGGAAAGAACAGUUGUUCUGGAA